UUGAGCUUUCAGCUUCAAUCACUCCGACUUGCUCUCCUUCCAGCAAAAGUAACCACCCUGCCAUGGCAUCGCAAUAGAGACGUUUCUCAAUCUGAGCUUCGCCUAUUCCUACCAUGGCUUCUGGUAGGUGGCCUGACGGACAGCUCUAUCCGACCUCGAUCCGUUCUCGAGCUUCUAGCUGACCAUUUCGUUCCCAUUCUAGUCCGUAUCUGCGUCUGCGGUGACGAGGGCACUGGCAAGUCCAGCCUCAUCGCCUCGCUCGUCAAGGAUGUCUUCAUCUCCAACAAGAUCCAAGCUGUCCUCCCCUCCAUCACCCUCCCUCCUCAGCUCGGCACCCCCGACAAUGUCACCACCACCGUCGUCGAUACCUCCGCCCGUCCCCAAGACCGCACCACACUGCGGAAAGAGAUUCGAAAGUGCAACGUCAUCCUCCUAGUCUACGGCGACCACUACAGCUACGAGCGAGUGGCCCUCUUUUGGAUGCCCUACUUCCGAUCCCUCGGCGUCAACGUACCGGUCGUCCUCUGCGCGAACAAAUCCGAUCUGACGGGCGAUGGAAACACACCACAAGUCGUUGAGGGCGAGAUGCUGCCCGUCAUGGCCGAGUUCCGCGAAAUCGAUUCGUGCAUCAGGACAAGCGCGAGGGAGCACCGAAACGUUAACGAAGUUUUCUUCCUCUGUCAGAAGGCCGUCACCCACCCCAUCGCCCCGCUAUUCGACUACAAGGAGGGCAAUCUGAAGCCGGCUUGCGUCGACGCCCUCAAACGGAUAUUCUACCUCUGCGAUAAGGAUCAGGACGGAUACCUCAACGACCAGGAGAUGCACAGCUUCCAGGCCAGGUGCUUCGAUAAGCCACUUGGCCCCGAGGACCUGGAGAAUAUCAAGCUCUCCCUAAUCAAGUCGCUCCCCCAAUGGUCUGCGGAGAAGGGCAUUGACCAAAGAGGGUUUUUGCAGUUGAACAAGAUCUACGCCGAAAAGGGCCGCCACGAGACGAUAUGGAUCAUUCUCCGCAAGUUCCGCUACACGGACAGCUUGAGUCUGGAAGACAGCUUCUUGCGCCCCAAGUUCGACGUGCCUGAAUACUCGUCAGCGGAGCUAAGCCCUGCGGGCUAUCGCUUCUUUGUAGACUUGUUCUUGCUUUUUGACAAGGAUAAUGACGGCGGUCUCAACGACCAAGAGCUGGAGGCUCUCUUUGCGCCCACGCCCGGGCUGCCUUACUCCUGGAUCGACAUGUUGUUCCCGUCCUCUACGGUACGGAACGAGGCCGGGCACGUCACACUGCAAGGAUGGCUUGCUCAGUGGAGUAUGACCACCUUCAUGGAGCCAAAGACGACGCUCGAGUAUCUGGCGUAUCUGGGCUUUGAGCCGGCAAACCCGCGGGAGACUACGACUGCUGCCCUGAAGGUUACCAAGUCACGCAAGCGCAGGAGACGCCCUGGCAAGGUCGAACGUAAUGUCGUACUGUGUUACGUUCUCGGCGCAUCCGGGGCUGGCAAGUCGUCGCUUUUGGACGCCUUCUUGAGUCGUCCCUUCGACGGCCUCUACCGCCCAACCAUCAAACCGCGGCGAGCUGUCAAUAGUGUUGAGCUCCCCGGCGGAAAGCAGUGCUACAUGAUUCUAGAGGAGCUUGGCGAGCUGGAGCCUGCCAUCCUGGAGAACCAGGCAAAGCUCGAUGCUUGCGAUCUCAUCUGCUACGCGUACGACUCUUCGGACCCCAACUCCUUUUCUCACAUUGUCGAGCUGCGCAAGCGCUACCCGCAGCUGGACGACCUCCCCAACAUUUACACCGCCUUGAAGGCAGACAAGGACAAGACGAUGCAGCGCAGCGAGAUGCAGCCGGACGCGUACACAUCGAAUCUCAUGAUGAGCACCCCGCUCCACGUCACCGUCAAGUGGAACAACAUCAGCGAGCUCUUCAUCGCCCUUGCCGACGCUGCAACGAACCCCAGCAAUGCGUUUCCUCGGAGCGAGGAGCCGCCUCCGGAUAGAACCAGUUUGUAUCUCGCGCUGGGCGCAACGGCUUGUGCCGGCAUUGCUGCCUUCAUGAUCUGGAGGCGCUCGACCACAUCGGCAUAG